AUGACAGCACCUUCAAUAUCAAAUCAACAGCUUCCACCACCUCCAUAUUCCAAAACAGAUAACCUCCCCACUUCUAAUUAUCAACUGAGUUUAAAUGGUUCAGUGCAGGGUCAAGAUCAACAAGUACAAGCACAAGUACAAGGACAGGCACCGGAGUUGGUUUCUGCAGCAGAGACUUUAACCCUGUUGACAAGGAAUGGCACACCUCCAUCUGAUGCUGAUACAGUGGCCAUGGAUGAUGCACAAUCACCAGUAAUAUUACCCCCAAUACACCCACAACACCAAAGACAUCCAAUUGUAUCUACUGUUUCUAUGGUUGCUAGACACCCAAUAGUGAUGAAUGCAGUUAAAUACUAUGAAACGUCGAAAAGAAAUUAUCCAUCCUUCAAUUAUGCUGCUGGUAUAGUUGAAUCUGCAGCCAUACCCGUUGUCAAUAAUAUUGAAGCCAAAUUAAACACAAGACAUCAAACAAGACAAGCCUCAGCUGUAUCUUCAACUGAUAUCACCCCAACAAAUUCAAAUUUUGGUGAUUACAAAAUUCAACACGAUGGAAAGAAUCUGUUACAAAAGAAAAGAAGAUUCAGUGCAUCGAGUCAAACAACCAAUAUUUCUUCAUAUUCUUCAAUUGAUACCAAGAAAAGAUUACAAUUUUGUAUUAAUAUUUUGAAAUUAGCUAAUACUAAUAUCAGUUCUAAAGUUGAAUUUCUUCAAGAGAAAAUCGAUGAAACUGAAAUUGCCGUUAAAGAGGAACGAGAGAAAUUAAUUGCUCAAAAAUCACAUGACUCGAAUUCAACUAAUACUACUGAACAAGCAACACAAAAGACUAAAACAGAAAUCGUUGGAACAGUUAAGAAAAUCAUACAUUUAAUAUCCAAUUUCCGUCCUUCAUCUUUGGGUGAUACUUCAGUGACUAAUGGUUUGAGUCCCGUUUCAUCUAAUGGAUCUCAAUCUAAUCAAGAUUUUGAAUUAAAGAAUGCCAUAAGAGAUAUUAUUAUGAGUUUACCACAAUCAUUACAACAACAACAACAACAACAACUGGGCCCACCAUCAAAUUCACAAGAUGAUGUGAUAUUCAAAUUUGCAAAAGAAUCACUUGUGAUGAUUAGUAAAUUAACACAAAUAUUCACUGAAAAAUUGGAUCAAGUAGAGCAUUGGGUAAAUGGAGAUGAAGAACAAGAACAAAAAUUACAACUGCAACUGCAACUGCCAGAAGGACUAGAAAAGCAACAAGAAGAUGAAAGAGAAGAAGAAAACUUAGCAGCUGAAACUAAACGAAUGAAACUAGAUGGUAGUGUGUAG